AUGCAGCUGUUCUUUGCAGCGUUGGUCUCCGUGGCCGUUGCUGUGUCUGUCAAGGACGGCGGGUUUCAAGUUUCCUUCCCGAAGGAUCGGGUGCCCGGCAACCACAUCGCAGCUUUCCAUAGCUUCAUCGAUCAGCACGGCAAGAACUACAAGAAAGGCACACACGAGUACUCCAAGCGCCUAACCAUCUUCAGCGAUCGCCUCCACCGAGCUGAGGCCAUCAAUUCUCGGCCUGGCCGCUUGUGGACGGCUGGCGUCAGUCCGUUGGCAGACCUCACACCGGAGGAGCUCAGCCAGAAGAAGGGAUGGGCCGGCUUUGCAAGCCCGACCCGCGGCAUGGGCCGUGGCACGAGGACCAGCGUCUCGCUCCUCCAAUCGACACAGCUCCCGGAACAGUUUCUGGACUGGACCAAUCUGCAGAUCAUGAAGGGCAAGGACCAGGGAGGCUGCGGCUCCUGCUGGGCCGUCACUGCGGCCACAGUUCUGGAGGCCCAUCGUGAGAUUUACGAGGGCAAGACGGAGCCACUCUCUGCGCAGCAGCUGGUGAACUGCGUGCAGAACCCAAGGAGUUGCGGUGGCUCGGGUGGCUGCAAGGGUGCGACGGUGGAACUGGCAAUGGCGUACACCAUGAGGCAUGGCCUCUCCACAGAAGAGAAAGUGCCCUACACAGGAACCGAUGAGGACUGCCACACCGGAGCAGUCUCGACGCUGCAGCUGUCAGAUCAGGAUGACUUGGCGGACGCCGGACUGCGCCGGGCCGAGGGAGAUUCUCAAGGCUUCAUGAGCCUUGGGAUUCGCGGAUGGGAGAAGCUUCCAGAGAACGAGUACUUGCCUCUGAUGCGUGCAUUAUACCAUCACGGGCCGGUGGCUGUUUCCGUGAGCGCCAGCAGCUGGGACCUCUACAUGAAUGGUAUCUUUGAUUAUUGCGACAAGAAUGCCAUCAUCGAUCAUGCAGUGGUCCUUGUCGGCUAUGGACGAGAUCAGCAGGUGGGAAAGAAGUACUGGACGAUUCUGAAUUCCUGGGGCCAGAACUUCGGGGAAGAAGGUAAGAUCCGGCUGCUGAGGGAUGACAAGGAGGAGGAAAACUGGUGCGGCGUCGACAGCCAGCCCGAGCUGGGCACCGGCUGCGUUGGGGGCCCAUCUGCUGUCCGGGUUUGUGGCAUGUGCGGCAUCCUCUAUGACACGGUGGUGCCUCACUUCAGGCACAGGAACAGCAGCAGCAGCGUGAUCAGCUGA